UGGGGCCACUGGGUAUCUCUCCACCAUGCAGCCAAAGAGACUAGGUGCCCUUUCCUACCUAAGGAGAAGCUCAAGUAGAGGAAUGUAAAGCCGCCAGCAUGCACUGAUGGAAGGGUUUGACUUUCUCCCUCGUUCCUUGGAGAUCCGAGGACCGAGGCCAGAUGAUGGGGCAUUUGGUCUCAUCCUCUCAACCCAAAAUGGCCCAUUCUCUCUCCGCUCCCACCCGCACCCAGGUGGCAAGCUGCUGACACUGUUUUUCUUUCUUCCUCCUCCCUCCCUCUCUCUUUUUUAUUUUUAAAGAAAAUAGCCGCCUGGCAGAAGGGGCCCUGCUGCGGUGGUCUCUCGCAGCCCAGCGCUCACAGCAAGACUGCUGUCCUCGGAACCGCUUUUCCGGAAGGCGGUGGGCCACCAGACAAAUUCUCAAACUGCCCAGCCUCCAGCAAGGGACCUCAAGUGGGGCUCCCCAAUAAUCAGGAGGCCAAGGGAUCUCACUUUAACCCCAAACUCUCAGCCGUUACCACCCAAACCCAAGCCGCUGCUGAUGCGGUAACCGCUGCAAUCCUUUCGGCAAGUAGGCCGCUUAGGUUCAGCGGUGCUUGUUCUCUGGGGUCCCUGUACUGUUCUGCCAUACCCCAGGCUUGGGCUAAGGACAAGAAGGAGGCUAGGAAGAGCAUUCCAAACUUCCAUGGGGCCCAGGAGAAGUGAAAGCUUCUCCUGCUGCUUCUUGAAGCCUCCGUCUCAGCCCUGCUCGCUCGCGUUCGGCCUGGGCGCUGUGGACCGUCCUCUGCAAUUUUGCCAGGAAGCAGGCCCGGUUGAGCUGGUGGGGGAUACCCAUUGCAAUAAUUGUUUUUCACAUACAACUUCCAACCCUUCCCCCCAUUUCCGCCCCAACUGGGAGACUUGCAAAGCCCAAGUAAAGGAAAAAGCUAUUCAAUCUUUGAUCAUGUCUCAUCCAGAAUUAAAAUGAUGAUGAUGAUGAUAGGGAGAAGGACACAAACAGACUAACCCUACCCCCAAGAAAGUGGAUGAAAAGCUAAACCCCCUCCUCUAAAAUGCUCAACCCUACGGUUGAGCCACGGCCAGGGUUUCUUUCUUUCCCGGCGGUUGCGGGGAGUCAGCCGGGAGGCUGCAGCCGCCGCCAUAGAGGUCUUGGGCCCGCGCUCCCGCCAAUCGCCGGGAGGUGGCGCGCUCUGCUCAGAGGCCAACGCCAACCUUCUCCUUGUUUCUCCCCCUUCUCCCUUUUCCCCCUCUCUUGGAGGCUCACAUUGAAUCGGCCCUAACGAUUCUCGGAUCGUCAUUAUUUGUAACCAUAGAGCAUGAAUUACCUCUUGAGGUCAUCAGCGAGAAUUUACGACUGGUCAACAAAAGCACGUGAUUCCCUAACGCCCCCCCAUCCCCCUUCCAACCCCCCCCAUAUUUGGCCGCAUACAUAGCAAAACGAAGUACAGUGCAUCGCUAUAAUUCAUUAAUACAUCAUAAAUCGUGAAGCACAGGGUUAUAACGACCACGAUCCACAAAUCAAGCCCUCCAAAAUCACCCAAAUGAGCUCGUACUUUGUAAACUCCUUCUCGGGGCGUUAUCCAAAUGGCCCGGACUAUCAGUUGCUAAAUUAUGGCAGUGGCAGCUCUCUGAGCGGCUCUUACAGGGAUCCCGCUGCCAUGCACACCGGCUCUUACGGCUACAAUUACAAUGGGAUGGACCUCAGCGUCAACCGCUCCUCGGCCUCCUCCAGCCACUUUGGGGCGGUGGGCGAGAGCUCGCGCGCCUUCCCCGCGCCAGCCCAGGAGCCCCGCUUCAGGCAAGCGGCGUCGAGCUGCUCCCUGUCCUCGCCCGAGUCCCUGCCUUGCACCAACGGCGACAGCCACGGCGCCAAGCCCACUGCUUCGUCCCCCUCCGACCAGGCGACCCCGGCCAGCUCCAGCGCCAAUUUCACCGAAAUAGACGAGGCCAGCGCGUCCUCGGAGCCUGAGGAAGCUGCAAGCCAGCUAAGCAGCCCGAGCCUAGCUCGGGCGCAGCCAGAGCCCAUGGCCACCUCCACAGCCGCGCCGGAGGGGCAGACUCCGCAGAUAUUCCCCUGGAUGAGGAAGCUUCACAUCAGCCAUGAUAUGACCGGGCCAGACGGGAAAAGGGCCCGGACCGCGUAUACACGCUACCAGACACUGGAGCUGGAGAAGGAGUUUCACUUUAACCGCUACCUGACCCGGCGACGACGCAUCGAGAUCGCCCACGCACUCUGUCUGUCCGAGCGCCAGAUCAAGAUCUGGUUCCAGAACCGACGCAUGAAGUGGAAGAAGGACAACAAACUGAAAAGUAUGAGCCUGGCUACAGCCGGCAGCGCCUUCCAGCCCUGAGCCUGCCCAGAGGAGCCCCGGGCGGCCCAAGAGCCCGCGUCACCCCAGUCCCAGCCCCUCUAAAUCUUCCCCGCUGCAGCCGCCCGCCCGCUGGGGACCGGUUCCCACAAGCCUGCCUUGCCCCGGCCUUGUGUUACGAUUUUUCGUUUGGUCUUAGGUCUUCCUGUGGCUCCCUCUCUCCUGGACUGGUUAUCUUGUUAUUAUUGUUAAUAAUAAUAAUUAUUAUUUUCCCUCCACGUUCCCCACUCCCUUCCGAUGGUCCCAAAUCUGCCAAUGUUUCUGAAUGUUCGUGUCUGUGGUUGCAAUCCUUCCCCCCGGGGAAAAAGAAAAAAGAAAUUCGCAUGUUUAAUGUGAACUUUCCCCUUCCCAUCUGUGUUCUAACUUAUUUAUAUAAAAGGAUAAUUGCUGUAUUUUGAGUUUCAGCUGGAAACUUCUCUAAGAGGCGGCAAUUGGAGGUGGGGUAGUGCCGCGUCUCAGGCCCAGCUGAGCUGGCCUGGGAGAUGGAGUCCAUGACUGUGUCUCUUUUUCACCCUCCUCUUCCUCCUCCUUUCCCAUUUCCCAGACCCAGGUCUUCCAGGGACUUGGUCCUGGGGUAGGAAGGGGGUAGGCAGGAUCAAAGGAGUGAUGCCGAGAAGAGGGGAGGAAAACAGUUAAGAUUUAAGUUCCUGCCGCCUGGGUAGGCCGCACAAGGCCUGGUCUGGGAGUAUAAGGAAACAAAAAUACUCUUCAGUGUGAAGUGUCUUGUGUAUUCCUCUGUGAAUCCAUAGGUCUGGCUAGAGGGCCCAAAGCUUGUAAAUAUGGGAAUAGUCUAGGUCAGACCCAUCUUUUCCUCCCUACCCAUUUCGAUUCCAAGACCAUUUGUAGUGAGCGAGUGGAUGCUGUACUACGUGUGAAAUCUGUCUUUGCCGGGCCUGUCUCAGUGAUUCGCUUUUGGUAUUUGUUUGUAGCUUUCCUUGAAGUCAAAUAAAUGUUUUCCCCAC